GCGCCCCGCCCCGGGGUCGGCCUUCUUGCCCGCCAGGCUGGCAGCUGGCCUGCUGCUGGGUACGUGACGAGGUUCGGCGCUUGGCUGUCCGAGCUGAGGCCAAAGUCCGUUCCCUAGAUCGCGGAGAGCGGCGGUGCCAGGAGGCUCGGCGGGCUCCCUUUCAGGUGUGCGUCCGCGAGCGGCCUAUGCUGUUUGACACUCAUGGGUGUAAGCAAGUUAGAUAUUCUAUACCGAAGACUUCUCCUCACAAAACUUUUCAUCAGAGGAUGGGGAAGGCCAGAAGAUCUCAAGAGACUCUUUGAAUUCAGAAAGAUGAUUGGAAAUCGAGAAAGGUGCCAAAACCUGGUUUCAAGCGAUUAUCCGGUACAUAUUGACAAGGUUGAAGAACAGUCAGAUUGUAAGAUCCUAGAUGGACACUUUGUUUCUCCCAUGGCCCACUAUGUGCCUGGUAUCAUGCCAAUUGAGUCUGUUAUUGCAAGGUUCCAAUUUAUCGUGCCUAAGGAAUGGAAUAGCAGAUACAGACCUGUGUGCAUUCAUUUGGCUGGAACAGGAGACCAUCACUACUGGAGGCGCAGAACUCUCAUGGCUCGUCCAAUGAUUAAGGAGGCCCGAAUGGCUUCACUGUUGCUAGAAAACCCUUAUUAUGGCUGCAGGAAGCCCAAGGACCAAGUGAGAUCCAGCUUAAAGAAUGUGUCUGACCUGUUUGUGAUGGGAGGUGCUCUCAUUCUGGAGUCCGCAGCUCUCUUGCACUGGCUGGAGAGGGAAGGCUAUGGACCUCUUGGGAUGACUGGAAUAUCCAUGGGAGGACAUAUGGCCUCCUUAGCAGUAUCCAACUGGCCCAAGCCCAUGCCGUUGAUUCCAUGCCUGUCUUGGUCCACAGCAUCUGGGGUCUUCACUACGGGUGUAUUGAGUAAAUCAAUUAAUUGGCGGGAGCUGGAAAAGCAGUAUUAUACACAGACAGUUUAUGAAGAAGAAAUUAUUCAUAUGCUUGAAUACUGUGGGACAGAUUCUUUCAAAAUGGGACAUGAGUUCAGGAAACACUUCCCUGGCAGUGCAGACAAGCUGACUAACCUGAAUCUGGUUUCCAGAACUUUAAAUUUAGAUAUGACAGACCAAGUUGUAUCCCCAAAGCGUGCUGAGUGCCAUAAUUCUGGUAAAACAUCUGUCAGUGCUACUUCAAAAGGACACCUGUUGCAAGAUACCACUAAGAUGGAAUGCUUGAAUCAAACACUCUCAACUAACAAAAGUCAUUAUACAAGUUACAACCCUCAGUCAUUUCACCUGCUCAGCAGAGAGCAAAGAAGAAGCAAUCUUCAAAAAGAGUCUUUAAUAUUCAUGAAAGGAGUCAUGGAUGAAUGCACUCAUGUAGCAAACUUCUCAGUUCCAGUUGACCCAAGCCUCAUUAUAGUGGUACAAGCCAAAGAAGAUGCCUAUAUUCCACGAACAGGAGUUCGAAGCCUACAAGAAAUUUGGCCUGGUUGUGAAAUCCGGUACCUAGAAGGGGGUCAUAUCAGUGCUUAUCUCUUUAAACAAGGACUCUUCAGACAAGCCAUCUAUGAUGCCUUUGAACGUUUUCUUCAUAAAUAUGCUAACUAAUUGGAUUGAUGUAUAACAUCCUAUUUCCUAUUAAAAGAAUUCACCCUGUGAUGAUGUGAAGAACAAGCAGACAGCACUAUAUACCUAAUUGUUGCCAAAUUAGUCUGUAAGCCAGUGUUUACGGGUCAGUUACCAACUAUAGUAAUGUAAAAGCAGUACUUGAAUCAUACAAUCCUGAAGUAUUUGUUACUCUUUUAGAAAUCUCAUAUAUCUAACAUGACAUCUGUUACUAUUUAUGAAAAUAUUUUAAUUAUGAAUAAUUUAUUGAUAGCAACCCUAUUGGUUUUUAAUAGAAUUAUUGAAACUAAGAUUGUAACAUCACAUGUACUGUAUAGUGUUAGAUGGCAUUUUGCAAUUAACUUGAUUUUAAAAACCUGUUGUCCAUCAUUUUUUUGUCUGUAUAGUGGGUUUAUAAUCUAGUUUUCAACAUCAGAUAAUUUACUGCCAUAGAAAUACCUAAGAUAUGUAAGUCACUGUUAGCUUUGAAUUUAUGAAAAUAUCCUGACUUCUGAGAUGCAUCCCAUGUGGUAGUACAUACCUGUAAUCCUAACACUUGAGAAGUAUAGGCAGGAGGGUCAGUAGUCCAUAAUCCUCCUUUACAUGGCAAUUUGAGGCCAGCUUGAGCUACAUGAGACCCAGUCUCAAAAAUAUGCCUGGCAUGGUAGCUCUUGCCUUUAAUCCCAGCAGGUAGGAGACAAAGACAAGCAGAUCUCUAUGGAGUUCAAGGCCAGUCUGAUCUAUAUAUCAAGUUGCAUGUCUGCCAAAGCUACUUGAUGAGAGUCUAUCUCAAAAAAUAACAAAACAAUAUAAAACCAAAAUCUGGCUGAUUUGUAGAUAAGUGAUAAGUGUUUUUAAUAAUUAAACUGAGUGCUGAACUAUACAAAUGAGACUAAUUAAACUAGAGUAGGCUUUAAAUUUUUACCAGAGGUUAGGUCAGAAAAAGUGCCAGGGCUAGGGCCUUGCUUGCCCAGCCUACAUAGGCUCUGAAGCUAGUCCCCAGCACUGCCAAACAAAAAGAAAAGCUGGAGGUGUUUGGGAGGUAGAAUUCAAACAUGUUUUCUCUACUUAAGAUAGUUUUCUUUUGAAAAAUGGAAAUGAUGGAAGAAUUUUGCACUAGUCAGUGGAUUGUCAGGUAAUUCUUAGACACCUGUUCUUCAGUUGCUUAAAGACUGACUUAACAGCUUUGACUUUUUAGUUUCAUAAUUUAAUAGCCACAUAAGAAAUUAAACUAUUGUACAGAAAAACAUGUGGUUUUAUACACUGCUAACUUUUUAAAUGGGAAUUAUAUGGAUAGAUAUUUGGUGCAGAUGUUAAACUUCUCUGAGCUAAAAUGUUUAACAAGUAAAUGUGUUUGUGUUUGAAAUCUGUAUUGACCUUAAAUUUAAACUAGGUCUUGCUAAUCUAGUGAGGAUGUGUGGAUUAUAACAUGCCUUUGGCAGCUUUUAUUAAAGAUGCUGUGCCACUCUAAUGUAUCUGUCACUAAAAUUUUUAACAGCUAGUUAAACAUUCUUUCCUGUGAAGUCAUUGAUGGCAAAGUAAUAGCUUUUUGGAAACUACUUUUAAGUAACACAUUACAGUAUAGCUGUUAGAGCUACAGCAAUUUUGUAUAUUCAGACUAGAACGUUUACUUUUGAUUGAAAGUAUAAAAUGUUCCUUUAGAGUAAAACCUGCCUGGUCUCGUUGGUGCACACCCUUAAUUCCAGCACUAGGGAGGCAAAAGGGUUGGAGGCCAGCCUGGUCUCCAGAGUGAGUUCCAGGCCAGCUAGUGCUACACACAAAGAAACCCUGUCUCCAAAACAAAAGAAAACCCAAAACAAACAAAAAACAAAAGAACUGGUUGCAGAGCCAAGAGCAGUGGCUUGCCCCUUUAAUCCCAGCACUGGGAGUCAGAGUUCAAGGCCAGACUGGUCCACAAAAGAGUUCCAGGACAGCUCAGGCUACACUAGGUGUAGCUAGUUGGUAACUGACCUGUAGUACAUACCUGUAACUCCAGCAGGAGGCAGAGAAUCAAUCAACCACAAGUCCCAGGCAGUGUGAUGUACAUAAUAUAUUCUAGACCAGCCAGGGCUGCCUGUCUCAAAUAAAUUCAUUUUAUCCUUUAAGUGGCUAUUUUAAGAUAGCCACUCACAAAACUACCUAAACUGAUUAAUUCAGAGAAAGUAUCUUUACUUACAUUUCUUCAAACCUACUCUCCAAAAUACUGACUCCGGUAUUAUAAUAAAGUCUUAAAUGGCUGAAGUACCUAUUUAACAUAUCAAAGUGAACUUGGCCAGGAGGUUCUCCUAGUAUCCCUCAGCCCCUACUGGUUUGCAUAACCCCCCUCCUACAUUGAACUCUCCAGCCCCCUACCCUGAACUCUGCAGCCCCCAGAACACACACAAACACACGUGUGUACUCAUGUACAAGUUAUAUAUGUAUAUGUGUGUGUGUAUGUAUAUAUAUAUAUAUAUAUAUAUAUAUAUAUAUAUAUAUAUAUAUUCUUUGAGAAAUUAAUAUAUUCUCAAAGAAGUCUUGCCUGCCAUUUUCCUGCUACUUCAUGGAUUAGGUCUAUAAAAUACUACAGAUUCAUUCAGACCAGAGUUGCAGGAAGCUAGUCCUCAUAGGCCAGUUUGACCCAAUUUUAUUUGGUAUACAUAAUAGGUGUGCAUUCCCAAUUCUGCUACUGGACGUCUUAUAUGUAACUACUAUUCUAUAUUUCCCACUCAGCCCUACAGACUCUGAAGAUGUAGUUCUAUAAUUAGACUUCAUGAUUUACCAAUGUUAUAUUGUUUUACUGAUACAUUUUUAAUGUGGUGCUUUCUCUAUUAUAAUAAAUACUAACAAUGUGACGAUUUUUAAAAUAUUUUCCAAAUUUUAUAUUUCAUAAUAAAAAUCUAUUUUAGAAGUUA